AUGUCAGGACUGGCAUCGAGCACAAGGCCUUCUGGGUUCGACCAUCAGAGCCAGUUCUCUUGUGGCCUCGAUAAUUGCUCCACACAAUUGAAUAUAUUCCACGCGCCAAAUUGGUCUAGCGAUCCAAGCGACUUCGGUGCACGUCAGUCAUCUAAAUCCCUAUGGGCUGGCUGUCUUCCACUUGACAACUACCCUAUUAUCCAACUAACAUUACAAUUUCUAAUGGGUUCCGAGUCAUUAAAGUCAUUUGGAAUCACCACUUAUUGGGUGCAUAAGCUGAAAUCCAAUGGUGUCAACCGGCUUUCUGCCUUUCCCGUCAGAAAAUCUGCGCUUCACAACUCGGCAUUACGAGGCCCUAAUUCGUCGAGGGCAGGCCACGCCAUCAUCCGUAUUGCUAGACGCUCGGUGUCUAUACCGGACAACCUGCAUUCUCCCCACAGGCGCUAG